GAGAGAGAGAGAGAGAGAAGAGGGGGAGGAAAAUAGAAGUGGAGAGAUAAGAUACCCAAUGGAGGUGUUUAUUUAAGUGGUGCAUGUCUCUGGCACAUACCAACAACAGGGGCUGUCUGAGUUGUCUGUUUUGUGAGAGGCACACCGAAACAAGCAUAGAGACCACGGGGAAACAGAAAUUGGUUGUGGAGAGAACCGUGGGGCAUCCUCUUUUUCUACAUUUUCUCAGUGCAUGUGACCGGGGCCAGCCAUGAGUAAACAGGCAACUCUGGCCUCCUGUAUUGCCAAGUUGUAUGAAGGAGGCAAGCUGGAGAACUCUGGAACUCCAUCUGGGACGGUCAAGAAGACGAGUCCAACUCUGAUAGGUAGUCUGACCAAUGUGGAGGUCAAGUUACAUGCCCUGGAAGGAAAGGUGGAACAGAUCGAACAUACCCAGACAGAGGUCCUUCACAAGCUGAGUUCAUUGUGCCAAGGAAUGGAGGCGCUAGAAAGGAGCCUUAUACAGCACAAGCAGGGUGCUCAAGAAGCAAACGUGAUUAAAAAUGGUCAGCGAGAGAGCAACAGUCUUCCUUUGCUGACUGAGGUCAGAUCGCUUUGUGGCGAAACUGUGGAUCUGCUUCAUAAUCUCAAGCAUGAGAACCAGCAGCAGAGAGAGAAGAUUGAAUGCAUGGAAAGUUCUUUGUCCACACUGGAGAAAGUAUUAGGGUGUGUGGGGAAUGCUUUCCGUAACUCAAAGAUAGUGGAGUUCAUCCUCAAUGGUGUGGUGCCUUGGAGGAAACAAGGCCUUCUGAACACUGUGGAGGAAGAGAAAACCAAACCAGAUGACAACAACUUUAAACCAAACAACAGUUUCUGCCACCGGAGCACACAGACCUCAGAGGAGGUUAAAGGAGUAAUUUCAGUUUUGCAAAAUACAGCUGAGUUUGAACUCCAGCAGCCAGAGGUCACUGUUCCCACUGGUCCCAGCAGCCUACCUUUUCCUGAAGCCCUUACAGGUGAACGCGAACCUCUGACACCUGUUAGUACAGGAGUAAGGUCCAGAGCCUUUAGAAAGGCCAAGGAGGUCACUGUGAAAAGCAGAGCACCUGCACAGGUCCAGACAUUUGCUUCUGAUAUCCAGCUGGAGGAGGAGAAUGACGUGCAUUAUGUACCCAAACAAGAGACAGAUAUCUCAGCCGGCGCACCAGCUAAUGCUGAAUGUGUCACUGUGACAACAGCUAAAGUGCAAAAAGAUUUGGCUCUUCCACAAGAGAGGGCUCUUGAACAGGCAGAUGUUUCACAGGUUGGUGAAGAGUCUUCAUUCAAGUCAGUAGAUCCUGAGCAACAAGUGGAGCCAAAGGUUGAGGUUCCUCAAAAACAGGCUGAGGUUUCUCAGGUAGAUGAUGAGGCCUCAUUGAAACGGUCAGUUCCUGGACAGCAUCAACUAAAGAAGGAUGUUCCUCACAAACCUCUGCUCUGCACCAAAGAGCCCGUCGACGAGGUCAGUUCACAACAUAGAGAGACAGUGGAGAGUGUAACACCUGAGGGAAAGACAGAAUCUGAGCCGGCUAACAAGAAAAAUGAAAACAAAACCAUUGGGAAGAUUUUGGAGUCUGACGCAAUAAAGAACUGUGCAGCUACUAGUCCACAAAAAACAGCCAUUGUUGAGGGAGCAAAAGCAAAAUCGUCACCUUUUAGAAAAGCUGAGUCACAGCUAAUGAUCAUUGAUGACUGUCCACCUCUCCCAGCCCCGUUUGAGCACCGCAUUGUCAGCGCCAAGCAGGUUCCCAUGAACUCAUAUUACGCCGUCAAACCUGAUGAGGUGCUUGGCGGAGGCCGUUUUGGACAGGUGCACAAGUGUGCUGAACUGUCGUCAGGUCUGACGCUGGCUGCUAAGAUUAUAAAAGUCCGGGGAAUGAAAGAGAGAGAUGAAGUGAAGAAUGAGAUUGGAGUAAUGAACCAGUUAAACCAUGCAAAUUUGAUUCAGCUGUAUGAUGCUUUUGAGUCUCGAACAAAUCUCACACUUAUUAUGGAAUAUGUGGAGGGUGGUGAAUUGUUUGAGCGUAUCAUUGAUGAGAAUUACCAGCUGACGGAGCUGGAUGCCAUCGUGUUUACCAGGCAGAUUUGUGAAGGGGUUCAGUACCUUCACCAGCAGUACAUUCUCCAUUUAGAUCUUAAGCCAGAAAAUAUCUUAUGUGUGAACAGCACAGGGAAUCAGAUCAAGAUCAUUGACUUUGGACUCGCCAGAAAGUAUAGACCCAGAGAAAAGCUGAAGGUCAACUUUGGGACCCCAGAGUUCCUGGCACCAGAAGUUGUCAACUAUGACUUUGUGUCAUUUCCUACAGACAUGUGGAGCGUUGGUGUCAUCACAUACAUGCUUCUGAGUGGUCUUUCUCCCUUCAUGGGUGACAACGACACAGAAACAAUGAACAACAUUAUGCACGCCAACUGGGACUUUGAUGCAGAGGCAUUUGAGAACGUGUCAGAAGAAGCCAAAGACUUCAUUUCCAGCCUUCUUGUGACCGCCAAAUGCAGCCGAAUGAGUGCAUCAGGGUGCAUGAAGCAUAGUUGGCUAAAUAACCUGGAGGACAAGGCCAAGGUGUACAAAGUUCGGCUAAAAUCUCAGAUGAGGCUUCAGCGUUACCUCGCUGCUCACCGUCAGUGGAAGAAACAUUUCUAUGCGGUUGCUGCAGCAAACAGGUUGAAGAGGUUUCAGCAGAGCAGAUCAGUCAGUACUCCAAAUUAACAAUUAACCUGCAGUGUCAGCAGCUUGAGAGGACAUCACAACGUUACUCCACACACUGAAAAAUGAACUUGUCUGAAGAUUUGAAAUUGCUUUUAAGAAAGUGUUUAAUAUGUUCUUGCUUUGUUUCUAGCCAGUGGAAAAACAUUGUGUUAAAAAGUGUCACAUUUUCUUAAUGUACCUUGUUUGGAACACCAUUGCAUUUAAUUUACACUUCUUUAUCAUGCUUUCACACCAGGAGUGUAUGGCAUGGAUUGCAGGGCAUGCUUUUGAACCACUUGAAAAAGCUUUUUCUCCCUUCUGUGAAGGUGUUUUUCUUGGGCAUAAAUGCCUUAUAUUAGUAUUUAAAAGAAGCGGUUUUUAUUCUCAUCGUUCAGUAUUUUGAGUAAAACAUACAGAGCAUGACGAUUUGAUGUAGAAACACUGUAUUCGUUCUAGAUUUACAAUCUUUCUUUAGCCUGUUGAUUAGAACUGGAAACAAAACCUGAAUAAGAGCCUCAGCUGGCAUGGUGUUUUUAUUUUUUUUUAAACUUGCAUUUAAAACAUUUCAAACAGUUCUGGAAUAUUUGAAAGUUAAUAUUGUGCUUUUUAAGAAUUUGUGUGGAUGCACACAUUCAUAUGGUAAUAGUAUAAUCACAAAUAAAUGCACAAAUGUGGUUCUGUGCUUGGCAAGGCAAUUGGCAUACAAGUACACAGAAAUUAGCACAGAAUUAUAGGGCUGUUCUGUUUUGCUAUUUCUGUCGUAUCUCACAUAAUGGAAUAGAAAUCAUUGUAUUGGGUAUUUUCAGCACAAUAUAAAUGGUCACAAAUUACCUGUAGAAAAUGAGUGUUUAAUCAAAACAUAAAAAAAAGAAAUAAUCGACUUGUCAAAAAUACACAUUUUAUUCAUAAUAAAAUCUUAUUAAACUGUAA